UACAUUUUGUUCGCAUAUCACAGGACACAGAGCGCCAGCGGCUUUGUUGUUUUACACUUUUAUUAUUAACAUUUAACGUUGACUUAAUACAAAAUGUUGUUUUACUCUUUUUUCAAGUCUCUUGUCGGAAAAGACGUAGUUGUAGAAUUGAAGAAUGAUCUAAGUAUCUGCGGAACAUUGCAUUCGGUAGACCAGUAUCUAAACAUAAAAUUGUCGGAUAUUAGUGUGAUUGAUCCCGAUAAGUAUCCUCAUAUGUUAUCAGUCAAGAAUUGCUUUAUCCGAGGAUCUGUAGUUCGAUAUGUGCAGCUACCAGCAGAUGAGGUAGAUACCCAACUUUUACAAGACGCGGCCAGGAAAGAAGCAACAGUAUCAACAAGAUGAACAUAACCUAUGAAAUCUCGCUGUAAAUAUUUACUCGUAAGAUUAAAAUUUUAAUAAAGGUAAUUUAAGAAA